CUUAUCCCAGUUUUUGUAUGUAAAUGACGUAAAGAAUGCAGAAAAUAAGGCCAGCGGUUAAUAAAACACCAGCAACGGAAGAUGUAUACCCAGCGGAGUUUCCUAUGCACACAAGUGAUACGCUUGCGAUGCCAUACGUCAUGUAGCGUCCUCAGUCAAUCUACAGGUGGGCGUGACACCAACCCUUUUUUACACUGGAUUCGGCCUGGCAGAAAACAACCAUGGAAGACAAGGAUUCGGAAAACACAGCCGGGCCAUAUUUAGAAGGCCCGGGCGAAGCUAGAACUUCGCAAACCAUAAAGAAAGAAGAAGAAAACACACCUGGCCUUGAUCGGAACCCGUCAGGAACAUUCAAACAGACCAGUUUGGUCAACUUCUUCAGGGAGAAACGGACGACAGGAAGAGAAGUCACAGUGAAAGAAAAAAAGAAGAGAGAGGCAUUAGACACGGCGCGAUCCGUUAAGACACCAAGCCAGAAGACGAAGAAAAAGGGAGAAACGAGUACUGGCAAGAGAAACGUGAAAGAUGGAAAGAGAAAAGAGAGUAACGGCAGGAAAAACAGGAAUGCUGGCGAGAGAAAGAGGAAGGAUGGAGAGAGAACAAGGAAAAGAAAGCAGAAAUCCCAAGCGGAUAAAGGACGAGACCCAAGCUUCAGUCUUAGCAUCGUAGAGCAAAAUGAGGUCCUGAGUAGGGAUGAGGGAGAAGACACGACCGGAGAGCAUCCUGUGGGGAGUGGAAGGAGGGAGAACCAGCAGCCUGAAGACGGGGAAGAAGGGGAUACCCAACCUAAUGAUAAAUCAGUGCCUGUUGGAGUGCAAGGAGAAUACAUACCAGUUAUACUAGGACUUGAGACCACAGACCGUGUGCACCGGAAAGCUGAUAUCCUUCAGAUCGCCGCGACGCCCUGGCUGGAGAACAGCGACCACGGCGCGGAAUUCAACGUGUACACCUUCCCGAGGGAGGAGAUCAACUGGCACGCGGCGAAAAGGAACGGGUUUUCCGUUAAGAGGGCGUCGCUGUUCCAAUACGGCAAAGAGGUGGCGGCCGUGAGUCUCGAGGAAGGACUUCGGAAGUUCAUUGAGUGGCUGAGAAGUCUCGGCGCCACCAAGAAGCUCCUCUUAUGCCACAACGCCCAGAGGUUCUGCUCGCCGAUCCUCGAGAGACACGUCGCCGCAGAAGGACUCCGGCAUGAAUUCGAAGUCGUGGUGAUAGGAUUCUGCGACACCUUGGAAGUCUUUCGGGAGCUCGAUCCGGAGAGGAGGACCUCCCGAGACUCCUUCAGGUUGGAGGACCUCAUCAGAGACUGCCUGGGAGAUAAAACCGAAAGGCAUGACUGUGAGGUUUCCGUUCACCAUCAAGCCAGGCUUUUGAGUUUUUACAAGGCGGAGAAGGCAAUUAGGAAAAACAGCUUCUAUGUGGGCUACUCUCCUUGGCUCGACAUCAAGUGAAGUCAGCAUUCUUUCCAUAAUCAUAUUUCAAUAAAUUCUUAUAUUUCGUU